AUGGCAACUAAAGAUCCAACGAGCGGUAAAAUUCCAGCUCAAGCUGGUGCUGGUGAACAACAAGAAUAUAAAAUUCGUAUCACAUUAACAUCUCGAAAUGUCAAAUCACUUGAAAAAGUCUGUGCUGAUUUAAUUCAAAAGGCUAAAGAUGAAGAAAUUCGUGUUAAAGGACCAGUUCGUAUGCCAACAAAAGUUUUACGUAUAACAACACGUAAAACACCAUGUGGUGAAGGUUCAAAAACAUGGGAUCGUUUUCAAAUGCGUAUCCAUAAACGUGUCGUUGAUUUACAUUCAAAAUCGGAAAUUGUUAAACAAAUUACAUCAAUUAGUAUUGAACCUGGUGUAGAUGUUGAAGUAACAGUUGCCGAUUCAUAA